AAAGUACAUUAAUUUGUACAUAUAUACCUGUCACAAGAAUCGAUUUUUAGGCAGCAGAGAGACAGACAGACAGACAGGCAGACAGAGUGAUCAGAGCGAGAUAACGUGACACAGAGACACAGAGAGGCAAAGAGAUGAUGAGGAUACGCUGCAGCAGCAGCAGCAGCGGCGGCCAUGGUGGUCAUCAGCUCAUCCUGUGCUGGCUGGUGAUCGCGUGCUCAUGGGUUGCAGUAGCUCGAGCUCAGGCUCAGAAGCCGGCAGGAGCAACAACUGAUCCAGUCGAAGUGGCGGCGCUGAACACGAUUCUGGGGCGAUGGGGAACGAAGCCGCCCAAAACGUGGAACAUCACCGGCGGCGACCCCUGCACCGGCACCGCCGUCGACGACACCGACAUCGACAACAACCCCAUCGUCAACCCCGGCAUCAAGUGCGACUGCACAUUCAACAACAACACCGUCUGCCGCAUCGUCAAGCUGAGGGUGUACGCGCUGAAUGUUGUCGGUCAGAUACCUGCAGAGCUGGAGAAACUCACCCAUCUAGCUAACUUAAACCUGAUGCAAAAUUACUUGACUGGUCCUGUGCCAUCAUUCUUUGGCAAAUUUCCCAUGCAGUACUUGAGCUUAGCAAUCAAUCCAUUAUCUGGACCACUUCCAAAGGAACUUGGGAACCUCACAAAUCUCAUCUCAUUAGGUAUCAGCCUGAACAAUUUUACUGGAAACCUUCCUGAAGAAUUGGGCAACUUGACCAAACUCGAGCAAAUGUAUAUUGAUAGUUCUGGCUUCUCUGGUCCAUUCCCUUCGACAAUUUCAAAACUUAAGAAGCUGAAGAUCCUGUGGAUAUCAGAUAAUGAUUUCACAGGGAAAAUACCUGAUUUUAUUGGGAGCUUGACUAACUUGGAGGAUUUGAGGUUGCAAGGAAAUUCUUUUCAAGGUCCGAUCCCAGCAAGUUUUUCUAAGUUAACCAAGUUGACAAGCUUACGGAUUGGUGAUAUUGUAAAUGGGAGCUCUUCAUUGGCCUUUAUUAGCAACCUGACGUCCUUAAAUGUCCUAAUAUUGAGGAACUGCAAGAUAUCCGAUAAUCUUGGAGCAGUAAAUUUUACUAAGCUUUCUCGAUUAAACUUGCUGGACUUGAGUUUUAACAAUAUCACGGGCGAAGUUCCUCAGUCCAUCCUUAAUCUGAACAGCCUUCGAUAUUUGUUUCUUGGGAACAAUAGCCUUACAGGAAGCCUGCCAGAUGUGAAGAGCUCCUCACUAAAUAAUUUAGAUUUUUCGUACAACCAACUCAUGGGAAACUUUCCUUCAUGGGCUACCAAUAAUAAUUUACAACUGAAUUUGGUGGCAAACAAAUUUAAUAUUCGAAGCAACAACGAUAGUAUUCUACCUUCAGGACUAAACUGCCUACAGCAAGACACUCCUUGUUUCCUCGGUUCUCCGGAAUACUAUUCCUUUGCAGUAGACUCUGGUAGUAAUAGAUCUGUGAGAGGUUUGGAUAAUACUGUGUACGAAGCUGAUGCUACAAGUCUCGGAGCUGCAUCAUACUAUGUUACGGGGCAAACACGAUGGGGUAUCAGCAAUGUAGGAAAAUUCAAUGAGGCCCCAAAUGGAAGUUACCUAAUGUACAGCUCGCAACAAUUUCAAAAUGCGUUGGAUUCAGAAUUGUUCCAGACUGCCAGAAUGUCACCAUCGUCCCUGAGAUACUAUGGCCUAGGGCUUGAGAAUGGAAAUUACACUGUUCUUCUUCAAUUUGCAGAGUUUGCUUAUCCAGACACAAAGACUUGGCAAAGCAUCGGAAGGAGAGUUUUUGACAUAUAUGUCCAGGGUGAUCUGAAAGAAAAGAACUUCGAUGUAAGGAAAACAGCUGGCGGAAAAUCUUUUAUUGCAGUUAACAAAAGAUACAACGCAACUGUGUCAAAAAACUUCCUUGAGAUACAUCUGUUCUGGGCUGGCAAAGGCACUUGUUGCAUUCCUACUCAAGGUUACUAUGGACCCAUGAUCUCUGCACUAAGUAUCACUCCAAAUUUUACUCCUACUGUGAGAAAUGGAGUUCCAAAAAAGAAAAGUAAAGCUGGUGUAAUUGCUGGGAUAGUGAUUGGUGCGUCAGUUAUAGGAUCAGCAGCCUUACUUGGGAUCUUUGUUUUGGUAAAGAAGAGAAGAAAAGCGGCAAGGCAGCAAGAAGAACUAUACAACCUGGUUGGAAGGCCUAAUAUCUUCAGUAGCGCAGAACUGAAAUUAGCUACAGACAAUUUCAGUUCUCAAAACGUGAUUGGAGAAGGCGGAUAUGGGCCAGUAUAUAAGGGUAAGCUACCUGAUGGAAGAAUUAUAGCUGUCAAACAACUUUCUCAAUCAUCUCAUCAGGGGAAAAGUGAAUUCGUGACAGAAGUUGCAACAAUUUCAGCCGUGCAGCACAAGAACCUUGUGAAAUUGUAUGGCUGUUGCAUUGACAGCAGCACACCCUUGUUGGUUUAUGAGUACCUCGAAAACGGAAGCCUAGACCAAGCACUCUUUGGACAUGGUAGCUUGAACCUAGAUUGGCCAACACGCUUCGAGAUCAUUUUAGGUAUUGCAAGAGGCAUAACUUAUCUUCAUGAGGAGUCCAGCAUUCGGAUUGUGCAUAGGGAUAUCAAAGCUAGCAACGUCUUGCUUGACACUGAUCUGAGCCCCCAAAUCUCCGAUUUUGGACUUGCCAAGCUCUAUGAUGAAAAGGAGACCCAUAUCAGCACGAAAAUCGCUGGCACAUUCGGCUAUCUGGCACCCGAGUAUGCAAUGAGAGGCCAUCUGACUGAAAAGGCUGAUGUUUUCGCAUUUGGAGUUGUUGCUCUAGAAACAGUUGCUGGCCGAUCAAACACCGACAAUUCCCUUGAUAAUGACAAGAUCUAUCUCUUUGAAUGGGCUUGGGGGCUAUAUGAAAGAGAGCAAGGAAUCAAAAUCGUAGACCCAAAACUCGAUGAGUUUGACAGUGAGGAAGCCUUCAGAGUCAUCUAUGCCGCACUUUUGUGCACUCAAGGGUCACCACACCAGCGACCACCAAUGUCUAGGGUCCUGGCAAUUCUUACUGGAGACAUUGAGAUGACUGAGAUGGUGACGAAGCCGAGCUACAUCACUGAGUGGCAACUCAGAGGAGGGAACACCAGCUAUAUAAGCAGCAACUAUAGCUCUGGAUCUACUACUGGUGAAUUUAGAGAGCAGAGGGAGACUUCCCCACUCACCCCUUCUCCAACGAUAACCGGAGUCACAUAUGAUGGAAGGUGAAUGCAAAUAUGUUCAAAUCGCUUCUGGUUUUAGCUUCAAGUGAUAUUUUUGGACAUUGUGGAGUUGCAACAAAUAUAUGGAUUUAUUUUGUUCUGAAUAUUUUCCAUACUCAUAACCAAGUCAUCCUGGUAAUUUGUAUAUGCCAGUUGUAUUUGCAUGGGUGCUUUAAAAUUCAUUUAGUUAAAUUAGUUUUGAUUU